UGUAACCAAAGAUAUUCCACUUUUCUUUCCUUUAUAAAUGGUGCAUUAAUUAGUGUGUUUGUAAAUUGGUAUAUUGAACUUGCUUAUUGAUCUCAGAAGGAAAUUAAUUUGAUGGAUUCUUCAAUUGCUGCUAUGGACCCGCUCCGUGCCUUUCGUCACGAGCAUCCGCUGAACCUUGUGCAUCUGCCGCAGCAGUUGCAUCACAAAAAUGAAAACGCAGACGAUGAGGAUGAGGAUGAAGUUGAAGAUGAAGUCGAAUUUGUGGAGGAAGACCGUCAAUGCAACCUUUGUAAGGAACAGAUCUGGUCAUUUCAUUUGUGCUACUACUCCUGCAAGACUUGUAACUACUCAUUGCACAAAUUCUGUGCUGAGCUAACCGAGAUCCUACAAAAUCACCCUUUACAUCCUGGCCAUAAACUUUAUCAUAUUUAUUCACGUUUUUAUGAGUUUAAGUGUCAGGUCUGCAAUCUUAUGCAGAAGAGUGUUUCUAUGUAUUUCUGUGGUACCUGCGACUUUCGAAUGGAUAUAAUUUGUGCUACUUUGCUGGAGCAGAAGAUAAACCACCAUAGUCACCCUCACCAACUGGAACGAAUGUCCUGUCCCAUAGUAUCAAGUUGUGUAGCUUGUGGUAACAAACAUGAAGGGGUCUUCUUUCACUGUACCACUUGUCCUAGGUUUUUAAUUAACCUGGAAUGUGCUUUGCUGCCUACCAAAUUACUUAUACAAAAUCAUACUGAUGGGACUUUCACUCAUUCUCAUCCACUUACUCUUGCCUAUUCCUUUCCAUAUUCCGAAUAUCAAGCUAAAUACUAUCCCUCAUGUAGAGUUUGUGGUGGCAGUCUCUAUUCUCAUUUGUGGAUUUACAAAUGCGAUAAAUGUUUGUAUUACGUGCAUGUUGAUUGUGCGACUUCAAAGAAAGAGCCGUUUAUGUCCAUCUUCCAAACUACAAGCCUUGGCAAAACUAAUAAAAAUUUUAAAGAAGAUGAACACCUGAAUCUGCUGCAUUGUCCAUUUCAUGAUGAAGGUGACAAUCUUCUGAAGCGUUAUAUGUCUAACCAACACGAGUUGAUUGGUGACUCCAAACAACAUGAGGGUGAGAUGCUCACCCAUGCUAGCCAUCAACACCCACUCGUCCUUUUCGACAAGCAAACACCAGCUGGUGUUUCUCUGCAUGACCCCAUGAAAAGAAGUCAACUGUUAUGUGAUGGGUGUGUGAAACCAAUCAUGACGGUACCCUUUUACGUGUGUUGCCAAUAUGAUGAUGAACAAUAUUGUUUUGUUCUUCAUGAAUGGUGUGCCAAACUACCGGCUGAAGUACAAGAAUACGUGGGCCAUCCUGAGCAUACUCUUUUUCUUCUGACGAAAAUACCUGGUAAGUUCUUUGGUGUCUUCGAAUGUGCCGUUUGCGAGUUACCAUCCAAUGGUUUUUCAUAUGGAUGCACAAUAUGUAAUUUUUAUGUUGAUAUCAAUUGUGCAUUCAUACCUAAAGAAAUCACACAUGACGCUCAUCCAAAUCAUCUCCUAUCGAUAAUGAAACCUUCAGAUACGCAAUCUGAAGAAUUUUGCAAAGCAUGCGGAUAUUCGGUGUACUACGGGAGGAAUCUGGUAUAUCAUUGCUCUUCUUGUAAUUUUAACAUUCAUGUGGAGUGUGCUUUGUUAUUGCCUAGAGUGAUUAAGCACAAGUUGGAUAAACAUCCUUUGAACCUAAGAUACGAACCAGCAGAGAAUCAUAUUAGCGAAUACUUUUGUGAAAUAUGUGAGGAUAAAUUAAUCCCUUGGCAGUGGUUCUAUCAUUGCACUAUAUGUGCCCAGUCAAUGCAUGCUGCUUGUGUGCCCUUAAUACUUCAAUGUGAGCAAAAUACAUAUGCCGAUAAUCACAAAUGUGUCUACGAGUUUCUCAAUGUUAAAUUUGGAGGAACGCUUGAGAUCAAAGAUCACUCACACCACUUGGCCUUUGUUCAAGGGCUUGAGAGCGAUGGCAUGUGCAGUAAGUGUCAUAGGCGAUUGCAGUACAAGAUGAUCUUUAAGUGCUUGGAGUGUGAAUUUGCAUUAGAUUUUAAGUGUGCCUCUUCAUCUGUCAAUUGAUCAAGUCAUUUCUUCGGUGCAUCCAUAGUGUUGUAAUAUUAAUUAUUAUGUGUAUCUAGUCAUUUCUUUUGACUAGUUUGGUUUCUAUGGUUUAUCAAUUAAAUAGGAGUAUCUUGUUUCAA